ACUCGACUUGGCUCUCCGACUCGAUCCAGUUUCAAUUUCAGACACGACCAACACACAACAAGAGACAAAUCAACUCUUUGUCUUCAUCGAUCGUCGACAGCCAACAAAUCCGAUUACAUCGAUCAUCCAUCUGUCUAACUGUUUUGCCAAUCCUCUGCGUGAAAUUGAAGUUUGGUGAUUUUGAACUGUGUGAUCCACGAAUCUGCGAUGCGUUUUGCUUCGACCAGACCACUGAUACCCUGAAAAAAAAAUGAGCUUCUGUUGCAAAGUACCAAAUCCGGUAAGUAUCUUUGGAUCGAAUCAGAACUGCCACUGGCUAAUAAAUCAACCGAUCGAGUCAUAAAUUUAGGGUUUGACCCCUAAUUGCGAUGGAUAGAAGUUGGGGUUUGUUACUUCUUGUAUUGAUUUUGUUCAUCUCCAAUGUAACGUCGUUUGGGAACCUUCGUGAGUUAGUUGAUGAAGACACACAAAAGGAUUCAAAUUCAACCACUAAACAAAACUCUCAAUUGCCUAAUGUUAAACCCAAUGUUACCUCAUCAGAAUCUCCUUUGCUAAAUAGUAAUUCGACGAAUCCUAAUCCUAAAGAGCCUGUUACAGCGAGUCCUCCUCCACAACUGCAACCUAAAAUUGAGAAGAAUGAUACAAAAGUGUUGAAUACAACAGAGCCUAUUAGCCCGCCUCCACCUCCAGCGAACUUAACGGAUAGUCAGGAUAGUGGAAAGCUCCCGGCUAAAAUGGCGCCGCCUCCAAAAAGUUUGGAGAGUGGGAAAAAUGGGACGGAGCCAGGUAAGGAGAGUCCACCUGUGGCUAAAGAUUCUGAUAAGGUGGAUGACGUUAAGGAGAGCUCAGAAUCUGGCAGUGUAGAGACCUGUGCAGGAAAUUCUAACAUGUGUACAACUUAUAAUUCAUUGGUGGCUUGCACUUUGAGCAUUGAUAAAGGUUCUGCUAACUGGUUGGUUCUAGUUCAAAAUGAAGGUGAAAAAUCUCUAAAAGCAAAGAUUGUUCUUCCGGUUAACUCUCUACAAGAACUGACACUGCCAAAACACCAGAGUAAAAGGGUAAACAUAUCCAUUAGUGGAGACAUAGACAAGAUCAAACUAGAUGCAGGGAAAGGAGAGUGUGUGCUUCAUAUGUACCCACCAGAAGCAAACACGUUACCAUUCCGCUUUCCCUCAUAUGAAAAGCUAAUGACCCCCAUUAACGGUGCCUAUUUCCUGAUAGUAUCUGUCAUAAUUUUUGGGGGAAUUUGGGCAUUGUGUCUAUGCCGGAAGAACCGACGUGCAGGCGGUGGAGUGCCUUACCGGGAGCUAGAAUUGAGCGGAGGGCCAGGCUUGGAAAACGAGUCAGGAGUCCAUGAUGUGGAGACAGCAGACUGGGACGAGGGUUGGGACGAUGAUUGGGAUGAGAACAAUGCUGUGAAAUCGCCCGGUGGUGCAGGAAAAGGUGUCAGCAUCUCUGCCAACGGCUUAACAGCAAGGGCCCCAAACCGAGAUGGUUGGGAUCAUGACUGGGAUGACUAGAGUUAAUUGUGUGUUAUAUAAUCAGUGACAACAGAAGAAUCAAAACCACUCGGAUACAGAGUUUACUGCAAAGAAGACAAAGACAGAAAACAAAAGGUUCAUGUAUACACAAUUCGCCUAUAUAAAAUAUUUUUGAAAUUCUUUUUCUUUAGUAAGUUGAAAUGUCAAAUUUUGUACCACAGUCCUCCUCUACUCCCAACCAGAAAUCUUGUGUUUUGUUUCCAAAAUUUUAAUUUCAAAUUUUUGUAUCAUUGCAUAUGGUGAACACUUUCAUUAUAAUUUUUUGUACUUUAC